UUUUCUAGUCAGGCAGUAAUUACCGUCGCCUAAAGGGUCCUUGCGAUGUCAUAUCCCGGCGUGCUUUGCGGCCGCUCUCCCUUUCGCCGCCAUCUUGGGUCGGAGGCGCGGGGGCCUGCUGGGAGCAGGACUUCAGGACGACACCAUGUCUGGGAGACUGUGGUCCAAAGCCAUUUUUGCUGGCUAUAAGCGUGGCCUCCGAAACCAGAGGGAGCACACUGCCCUUCUGAAAAUUGACGGAGUUUAUGCCCGUGAUGAGACUGAAUUUUACUUGGGCAAGAGAUGCGCCUAUGUAUACAAAGCUAAAAACAACACCGUGACUCCUGGUGGGAAGCCCAACAGAACACGAGUGAUCUGGGGGAAGGUAACGCGUGCCCAUGGAAACAGUGGCAUGGUUCGUGCCAAGUUCCGGUCCAACCUUCCUGCUAAGGCCAUUGGACACAGAAUCAGAGUGAUGCUGUAUCCAUCUAGGAUCUAAAUUUUUAUUAAAAAUAAAAUUCAGAAAUUGUUCA